AUGACAGCAAUGGCUCAUCUGAAGCUUCUACUUCUUCUUCUUCUUCUUCUGUGUGUUGGUAUCACAGUGAGCACAGGAGUAGAUUUGCACAAAAGGAUCUAUGGAGGUCAUAAGUGUCCAGACACUGAGCGUCUGUAUCACGUGAAACUGAUGGCAACAAAUGAAACACAUGUAAGUCUCUGUGGUGGCUCACUGAUCCUUGAACGGUGGAUUCUGACUGCAGCCCACUGCUGGAAAAAUGAACCUGGAUGGGAGAUGUAUGCAAUUUUAGGAAUUCAUCCACGUCCAUGGUGGACAAAGUUAUUACCAUUUUUAGAUAAACAAAAAAAGGUGAAAGUCACAGGUCAAUCGAUGUUUGUGGGCAUAAAUACAAUUGAAGACAUCAUGCUACUGGGAAUUCCUCCACAACCAGGCUGGAACACCAUUGACUUACCGAACUGCGCAAAUCCUCCCAAAAUAGGAGACGUCGUUCAAGUUGCAGGACUUGGUGGUUAUAGGGUAAAUGCCACCGGCCACACACUCCCUGAUGAAACACCUCAUCUGCAGUGUGCAAACAUGCGUGUUGCUGACUGUCGGGUCUUAGACUCCACCUCUCUGGGAACACCUCAGGCUCUCCAAGGUAUGGAAGUCUAUCUCCCCCAUCACACUCCCUGCUGGUGGCUGAUGCCCUCAGGCGUAUGUCUGUUGGUGGUUCUUGGUGUCCGGGGCUGGGCGCUCAGGUAA